AUGAGGCUUCUAUUCCUUUUCUUCCUCCUCCUCAUUCUCUUACACCUCCAUAUCUCUACUUCCUCCGCUCGCGUAUUGUCCGAAUCCCAAGCUCUCCUCUCCCUCAAAUCCGCCGUCACCGACGAUCCAGAAUCCGCCCUCACCGCCUGGAACUCUUCGGCCGCAGUCUGCACUUGGCCCGGAGUCACGUGCGACUUCUCCCGCCGUCACGUGACCUCCGUCGACCUCUCCGGCCUCAACCUCUCCGGUACCCUCUCGCCUGACGUCGCCCACCUCAGGUACCUCCAGAACCUCUCACUCGCCGCCAAUCAGUUCUCCGGCCCUAUCCCGCCGCAGCUCUCCGCCGUUUCCGGCCUCCGUCUCCUCAAUCUCUCCAACAAUGUCUUCAAUGGCACUUUCCCCAAUCAGCUCGCCCAGCUCAAGAAUCUCCAGGUUCUCGACCUGUACAACAACAAUAUGACCGGCGACUUGCCGCUGACCGUCACUGAAAUGCCCAAUCUCCGCCACUUGCACCUGGGAGGCAACUUCUUCGCCGGGAAAAUCCCGUCGGAGUACGGAAGGUGGCAGUUCAUCGAGUACCUUGCGGUCUCCGGUAACGAGCUGGUCGGGAGUAUUCCGCCGGAGCUGGGGAACUUAACCACCCUGCAGCAGCUCUACAUUGGGUACUACAAUAGCUACGAAGGCGGUCUUCCGGCUGAGAUCGGGAACUUGUCCGACUUGGUCCGUUUCGACGCCGCUAAUUGCGGGUUAUCCGGCGAGAUACCGCCGGAAAUCGGGAGGUUACAGAAGCUGGACACAUUGUUCCUUCAAGUGAACGGCCUUUCAGGACCACUGACGCCGGAGCUGGGCAAGUUAAAGAGCUUGAAAUCCAUGGAUUUGUCCAACAACAUGCUCCAAGGGGAGAUUCCACCGGCUUUCGCUGAACUCAAGAACUUGACCCUCCUCAAUCUCUUCAGAAACAAGCUCCAUGGCGCCAUUCCGGAGUUCAUCGGCGAGAUGCCCCAGCUUGAGGUGUUGCAGCUCUGGGAGAACAACUUCACCGGAAGCAUUCCUCAAGGUUUGGGCAGUAAUGGCAGGCUCUCGAUUCUGGAUCUUUCUUCCAACAAGCUCACUGGAACUCUGCCUCCCGAUCUCUGUAAUGGUAAUCGCUUACAGACUCUGAUUACUCUCAGCAACUUCCUCUUCGGGCCGAUCCCGGUAUCGCUAGGAAAAUGCGAGUCGCUGAGUCGAAUUCGAAUGGGGGAAAAUUUCUUGAACGGAUCCAUACCAAGUGGUCUUUUAGGGUUGCCGGAGCUUACCCAAGUGGAGCUUCAAGACAAUCUAUUGACCGGAGAGUUUCCCGUUACUACCGAUGCUGUAGCCAUGAAUCUUGGCCAAAUCAGUCUCUCCAACAAUCAGCUCUCUGGGCCAUUACCUCCGACUAUCGGCAACUUCUCCGGUGUUCAGAAGUUGCUUCUCGAUGGAAAUCAGUUCAAGGGUUCAAUCCCUUCAGAGAUCGGAAAGCUACAGCAGCUCUCGAAGAUGGAUUUCAGCCAUAACAAGUUAUCAGGGCCAAUAGCACCUGAGAUCAGUCAAUGUAAGCUGCUGACGUUCGUGGAUCUGAGUCGAAACCAACUCUCCGGUGAGAUUCCGACUGAGAUUACAGCGAUGAGGAUCUUGAACUACCUGAAUGUAUCGAGAAACAAUCUCAUCGGCAGCAUUCCUCCACCCAUUUCCACCAUGCAGAGCUUAACAUCUGUUGAUUUCUCUUACAACAAUCUCUCUGGUUUAGUCCCUGGUACUGGUCAAUUUAGCUACUUUAACUACACUUCCUUUCUGGGUAAUCCGGAUCUCUGCGGUCCUUACUUGGGUCCUUGCAAAGACGGGGUCCUUGCAAAUGCAACCCACCAACCACAUGCUAAAGGCCCACUCUCUGCUUCUCUGAAGCUCUUGCUGGUUAUUGGUUUGCUUGUAUGCUCCAUUGCCUUUGCAGUUGCUGCAAUCAUCAAGGCAAGAUCAUUGAAGAAGGCUAGUGACUCUCGUGCCUGGAAACUGACUGCAUUCCAGCGCCUAGACUUCACUGUCGACGAUGUUUUGGACUGCUUGAAAGAAGAUAAUAUUAUUGGGAAAGGCGGUGCUGGGAUAGUCUACAAAGGUUCUAUGGCAAGUGGUGAUCAUGUUGCUGUCAAGAGACUCCCAGCAAUGAGCCGGGGGUCUUCUCAUGAUCAUGGGUUCAAUGCUGAGAUUCAAACUUUGGGGAGGAUAAGGCACAGGUAUAUUGUCAGGUUAUUGGGAUUCUGUUCCAAUCACGAGACCAAUCUUUUGGUUUACGAGUAUAUGCCCAAUGGAAGUUUAGGCGAAGUUCUUCAUGGCAAGAAAGGUGGUCAUUUGCAUUGGACUACAAGAUACAGAAUUGCUGUUGAGGCUGCAAAGGGGCUUUGCUACCUUCACCAUGAUUGUUCCCCUUUGAUUGUUCAUCGUGAUGUGAAAUCAAACAACAUCCUUUUGGACUCCAGUUUCGAAGCUCAUGUUGCUGAUUUUGGCCUCGCUAAGUUCCUGCAAGAUUCUGGAACGUCUGAGUGCAUGUCUGCAAUUGCUGGAUCUUAUGGAUACAUCGCCCCAGAGUAUGCCUACACGUUGAAGGUUGACGAGAAGAGCGAUGUAUACAGCUUCGGCGUGGUCCUGCUGGAGCUCGUCACAGGCAGGAAACCGGUGGGAGAGUUCGGUGAUGGUGUGGACAUUGUCCAAUGGGUUCGGAAGAUGACCGAUUCGAACAAGGAAGGCGUUCUGAAAGUGUUAGACCCUCGCCUCUCAACUGUUCCUCUCCAUGAGGUCAUGCACGUGUUCUAUGUUGCAAUGCUGUGUGUCGAGGAGCAGGCUGUGGAGAGGCCGACGAUGAGGGAAGUUGUGCAGAUUCUGACCGAGCUUCCUAAGCCACCGGGUUUCAAACAAGCUGCUGCGGCAACUGAGUCAUCCACGGUCACUGACUCGCCACAGUCGACUUCAAGUUUGGACUCUCCAAUUGCAGCUAUAGGUAAGGAAUCAAAAGAGCAGCAGCAGCAGCCACCUCAGUCUCCACCGCCGGAUCUUCUCAGCAUUUGA